UGUGCAGAGAUGGGAAUGGAUGUAACUGUUUAACGUCGGUCUUGUAACGCGCCCCGGGUGUUCUACUGUUCCAGACAUGGACAACAUAUAUCACCACGCUCCUACAGAAACACAGCAGCCUCGUGUCUAUAAUGGCGGCUAUCUGGAGACGCCGUACGCCGCGAGUAGACCGCCGCCGAGCAGUGCGGCUCAUGAACCGGCACAGCCGGACCACACUGCGCCUCACUGGACACCAACACAGGGAUAUGACGGUCACCCGUACGGAUUUAGAUGCGACUUUCCUCCGUCUCACGGAGGAGGGGGUUUCGGAGGGCCCCCACCAUAUGGAUUUGACCCCUCCGUCCCGCCGCCUCCGUUCGGCUGCCCACCGCCUGUACACUUCCCUUCCGCGGUGACCGCCGCUCCGAUACACCCGUUCAACAGCAGAGCAGCCUCGACCUUUGAACCAUUUAACCCGCAGUUUCCACCAUGUCCCCAGACUGCUCGGUAUGACUUGGACCCCAGUCAGAACCAACAGCGCGCAUAUGAGGGCUUCUUUGAGAGUAGAGCUCUGCUCGGCUGCACGAACCGUGACGGGGGUCCGGGAGCAGCAACGCGACCUGAGGAUGAAACGGCCCUUCAGAGGCGGCAGGAUCUACAGUGGAUCGGGCGUUUCCUACAAGGCCGAGACAAGACCCCCAAGACCCCACAGGCGGAGCAGCCGCCACCCAACAACUCCGCUCCGGACCCGAGAGCGGCUCUGUACAGGGCGGCUGAGCUCGUCUCUCGCCUGGCAAAGACCUGCGAAGCUCUGAGGAACAACGUGGAGAAUGAGUGCGUUUGGACGGACUCGUAUUUAAUGGCUUUAAAGGUGAAGACGGAGCUACAAGAGGAACUCCAAACCCUCAGUGACGGGGAGCGUUUAGGUCGCUUGAAAGCUAAACUGGCCCGUGUCGCGAAGAGGAGGGCUCGGCGCCUGAGAGCCACGAAAGAGUUCCAGAUUGAGCAGAAUCUCCGAGAGGACCGCAUCGCCGAGAAAGAAGCUGCCAUAAACAAAUGGAGGCUGCAGCAGAUCCAACGAGUGGAGGAGAAGAAGAAGGAGCGGGAACUGAAGCUGGCUGCGGACUCUGUUCUUUGUGAGGUGAGGAAGAAGCAGGCGGACGUGAAGAGGAUGCAGGACAUCCUGAGAUCUCUGGAGAAACUGCGCAGGCUGAGGAAAGAGGCAGCAUUAAGGAAAGGCAUCAACACUGAGCACGAGUGUGACGAUGCGUUCAGCAGCAGACUGGAGCAACUGAGGUGUGUGAUGAUGAAGAGGACGGCAGUUUACUCGGCCGAGGAGAAGGCUCUGAUGGUGAUGCUGGAAGGAGAGCAGGAGGAGGAGAGGAGGAGAGAGCAGGAGAAACGGAUUAAGAAGGAGAGGGAGCGACACCUGCAGAGGAAACGGAGAGUGACAGCCAUGUUGUUUGGAGAGGAUCUUCCUGCUGGAUCUGUUCUGCAGCCCUACAAAGAAUAUUACACCCAGGCUGAGCGCUCACUGCACGCUCUACUAGAAAUCAGGAGAGGGUGGGAUACGUUUGUGGUUCCAGCGGAUCAUCCCGACGGUUCUCCGGUUUCUCAGAGCUGGGUCCUGCCGGACGCCCCGUCGGACCCGGCCUGGGCCUCCGCUCUGCACUCUGCUGACACCGAGUGAGACGGCCACAGACGCGCCGUGUGUCCUGUGAACCGCUGCCUCCUGUCACCCAGCCCUGUACACCUGAACACAUCACAUACGCUGCAGGUGUCUGGGAGGGAGCAGCACAGGAGGCCAUGUGAACACAACGUUAAUGAGUAAAUGCGUUCAUAAAGGGUUUAUAAAGCGUUCUUUUCAAAAAAACUCCGUUAACAUCAUGAGGAAAAUGAGAUAAUGAACUUGUGACUGAAAGUCAUUGGUGCUGAGGUCAGUGCUGCAGAAGAGACAAUCAAAAAACAAACAGCCUUUAAAUCCGUCUGUUCCUCUGAAGCGCUACAAGAAAAUGAAUUUCUCUCCAUAAGGUUUGUCAUUUGAGGAACAGAACAUGUAUAAGACAGGGGUUUUUUUCUCUGUAUAUUCUGGUUCAAAUAUUGUUAUAAAAACUCACAAAUUAA